GAGCUUAACGGAAAAAAGUGCAUAGCUCGACCAAGAUGCUGCGGCUUUCUUUGGUGCUGAUUCUAUCAGCGGUGUGUCUCUCCGAAGGCUACCAAGAUGUCCAUACUGCAGACAUGGACUUCCUUCACAAACAGAAAAAACUUUUCGAACUUAUGUUCUUCGCUGAUCAGAAAGUCCUCGCUGAUUCAGAAUUCUUUGAAGUUGGACGCAACUAUGACGUCGGCACCAACAUGGAAUACUACACUGACAAGAGUGUGGUUAGGGAGUUCCUCUUUCGCUUCAAGGAAGGUAAACUCGAUUAUGGAGUGUUGUUUACACCCUACAACCUCGAAAUGGUAGAAGACAUGCUAGCCCUUUAUCGUCUGUUUUACUGCGCCAAAGACUUCCAAACCUUCUACAAGACUGCUUGCUGGGCACGUAUCCACGUGAACAAAUACAUGUUUGUAGAUGCUUUCUAUUCUGCUGUUAUAUACAGAACAGACUGCAAGUUCAUUCGCCUACCAGCUCCUUUUGAAAUCUUCCCACACCUUUACUUCGACUCUAGAAUCAUCCAUGAGGCACACAAAGUGAAAAUGACCCAUGGUGGAUUCUCCCACACCUACGACGUUGGCAUGAAGCACGGAGUUAUGCAUUCUGGAGACACAUACCUCAUCUACUCCAACUACUCUGGUGUCUGCAUGAAGCCUUAUUACGACCCAGAAUAUAAACUAUCCUACUUCUUCGAAGACGUCGGUCUUAACAGCUACUACUACUACUUCCGCAUGAUCUUCCCAUUCUGGAUCGAAACCAAGAACUAUGACCUCCCCAAGGAAUUCCGCGGUGAAUUCUACUACUACAUCCACAAGCAACUGAUGUCUCGUUACUACCUUGAGCGUCUCUCCAAUGACUUAGGAUCUCUUAGACCAUUCGACUGGUACGAAGGCAAAUUCCCAGGCUUCUACUCCAACCUCAUGUACCCCAACGGUGUUGCUCUCCCCAAACGUGACGAAUGGUUCGGCGUCCCACCAUACAAAAUUGACUACUUAAAGAAAAUCGACUUGAGAGAGAACCGCAUUUUCGAAGCCAUUGACUCUGGAAUCGUGAUUGACGAGUUUGGCAAACAAUACAACAUCUACACCCCCGAAGGCAUCAACAUCCUCGGAAACCUCAUUGAAGGAAACCGAGACACCUUCAACUACAAAUACUACGGAUCCUACGAAAUUUUGGCCAGGAACUUCUUCGAUUACAACUGCGAAUAUACUUGCAAGAAAUGGUACAUUCCUGGAUCUCUCCAGACCUUCAGUACUAGCAUGAGAGACCCAAUGUUCUACAGGAUCUACGACAAGAUCCUUUACUACUUCCAACGCUACAAGGAGAACCUGAAACAGUACACCCAGACUGACUUAGUCCACUCUGGCUUUAAGAUCGAAUCCUAUAAAAAGAUUAUCAAGGCUGUUGAAGGAAACGAACCCUUCACCUACAAAGAGAAUUUGUUCGGUUUCCCAGACCGUCUUCUCCUGCCUAAGGGUAAAACGGAGGGUAUGCAGUACAGAUUCUUUUUCUACGUCUAUCCAUUCGAAGAGGGCAAACUCUACGACAUUCCAUUGAUUGGAAAAUGGUUUUACGACGGCAAGCCUUUCGGCUUCCCAUUGGACAGACCAGUUAAACCCUGGUUCUUCACACUGCCGAAUGCAUACUUCAAAGACGUAGGGAUCUUUCACGAAAAAGAGAUGACGCAAAGCUAUUAAGUCUUUUCGUACCCGACAAAAGAAAUUCGUCCCAGCAAAGUAGAAUCUCUAAAAUAUCUAGAAUUUCUAUAAUAUGAGCAAUCUCCACUCUCUUCAUCUAGCUUUUUCAUCCUUAUUGUAGCAAUUACAGUUAAUAUACAGAUACAGCCACUGUUGUUCAUAAAGUAAAGACAAUUUUUAAUACUUCAUAGAAAUCUACAAUACUUUUAGAGACAUUUAAAGACGGCAGUUUAGUGAAUCCGUUUAAAUAAUAAUACAACUGGCAUCCUAUAUCCUGUUUUCGUAAAUUUGAUUUGUGAGAUUCUAUUCUUGUUCGACUUAUUUCACGACUGACAAUAACGGACUGAAAUGGUUAAGUUAAGCAAAUGGAUCAUUGACUGAAAACAAACUUUGCAGUUGGUUAUUGCACCAAUGCUAAGAUUACUAUGUAAUUUAGGGGAUUUUCUUUAAUAAAUUAAAUAUUAAAACCUCCUAAA